AAUAAAAAUAAAUCUAAAUAUCACGACGCUCGAAUUGUACGGAUCCGUAGUAAGUUUUAUCCUAAUUUAUUUAGAAUUAAUAUUUCGAGUUGAUUGCAGAAUAAUUAAUCCAAUUUUUUUUUAUUUUAUUUAAAAAAAUUUAUUUAUCGUUAAUUUGCCCUUUACAAUCUAUUAUCUAUAAUCUAUUAUCUUUCGUGAUGAAUAAAAAACUUUAAUUAAACACAAUAGAUGAUGUAACGGAGCUCGAUGAAUUGGAGGUUGAUGAAGAAACGGGUCAAGUAAUCGAUCGUUCACAGAAGGUAUUUUCCAAAAAAGUUUUGGCGUCAAAAGUUUUACUUAAGGAAGAGAAGAAGGAGUCUGAGAAGCGAAAAAAUUCAGUUGAGAAGAUGCGUGAAGAUAAUAUAUUGAAAAGUAAAUCGUUUUUGACAGAAGAACCCAAAUCGAAAAGGAGUAAAUCAUCAAAAUCUCCAAAAGACGGUACUUCAUUAAAAAAUGGCAGUAACAAGAGAGGUCGUCCAAAAAAUACUUCAUCUGAGAUUCCAUCGACGUCAUCCGCCAAUACCGACGCAAAGAUCCAGAAAACUCAAAUUACUGAGAUUUCUUUAAGCUCGGACGCGAUAGAUAUCGGAGCAAGAGAUAAUGAAGAAACAAUAAUGGAUCAAGAAGAAAUAAUUGAUAAUAUAUCACCGAAAAAUGUUUGCUUCAUACCUGGUGUUACACCCGAGAUUUUGGCUUUUCACAAGUCUCUUCUUCAUCGAUGAAGUAUUCUUUGGAUCCUGGACGUCAAAAUCUUCUUACAAAAAUAACAAAAGUAUAAAUUAUGUAUUUUUUCAGACAGUUAAAACUUAUUAAUUUUUAUACUUUAUUAAUUUUACAGCUGACCAAAAAAAUUUUAACAAAUUCUUCA